AUGUUCCCUUCUCCUUCUUCGCGUCCCCUCUCCCACAGAAACGGUGGCAUUGGCGAGCAAUAUGAACUUCAGUCAUUUGGACUUCCGUACGAUGGCACAGCAGCAUUCAACGCUCCUGAGCUCUCUUCCAUCCACCCGCCAUGGAAACGUUCUCUGCAUGAACUGCUCGAGCACCCAUCGGCUUCACCCGGUUCUUUCCUAGUGCACGUGGUAUCCACCUCGUUAAUCGUGUUUAGUGCUCUGGUCACCGUAUGUGAGACCAUUCCGACAUUUCGUGCCACGAGUCCUAGUGUCUGGUUUGGGAUUGAAAGCUCGCUAGUUGUGCUAUUUACUGUUGAAUAUAUUGCAAGAGCGCUCGCUUGGAGUGUCAGCUGGAGCAUAUUUUGGAGAUGGGCACUCUCUUUCUUCGGGAUAGUCGAUUUCCUUGCCAUUGCACCAUAUUAUGUCGAGCUCUUCCUUGGUGUCGACACCUCUGUUAUGUUCCGCUUCUCCAUACUUCGUACUUUCCGUCUCCUUCGAGUUUUCCGGGCCUUCCGAACUAAUAAUACAAUCACAUUAACGAUAGAGGUUAUGUACCUUUCUGUCCGGCACUCUCAACACGCCCUCCUUGCGCUCGGAUUCUUUCUUCUCAUGUUCUUGGUCAUUUUUAGCACUAUAUUAUACUUCAUAGAGAGAGGCACAUGGGAUCCGAUCCUUCAAACAUUUAUAGAUGCAGACGGUGAACCAAGCCAGUUCUCUUCGAUUCCAGCGGCUGGAUGGUUUGUCCUCGUUACAAUCGCGACGGUUGGAUACGGAGACCUUACUCCUCGUUCCUUCCUUGGACGUCUCUUGACCGUUCCGCUGUUAGUAUUUGGUCUCUUGCUCAUUGCACUUCCCUCUUUUGUGCUUGGUCGCGAGUUCAGCGCACUCUGGGAUGCACAUGCCAGAGAAAAUGCGAGGAUGAAUGGACAUGGACCGGACUUAGCGAGUGUGGACCUGGAUGACCCUUCUAUAGCAGCGCUUGCACGCCAGAUCGUGGACUUGCAGGGUGCACUCGACACUCAGGGGCAGAUGCUGCGUCGCUUAUUGUCUGCCACCGAAGCGCUUUCAACCUUCCGAAAGUCCACUAAACGUGGCACAAUCUUGUUUGAUGCCCUUGAAGACGAGAAUGAAGACGUCAUUUCAAGCGCAGAGAAGGAGGUGGACUUGGGAGGAGAGCGCAGACGAAACGUACAGGAGCAGAGAGCUGGGUGGCCUGACCUUGCUUCUCCUAAUUCCCGACGGAGGUUUUUUAGUGAAUCCCGUGAGAUUGAUAAAGGGAAAGGACGUGCUAGUUCUCCUGGUUAUGCUUCAGGAUCCGACAGAGAGAAGUCAUGACACCAUGAGUUGUAUUCACUGUUUUAAUAUAAUUGAUACUUAGCUUAUACCGGUUCAGUAGAUUAUCUGUUGCUAUGCGGUACCUUGUCAUUUUUUAUUCUUUUAUUAAUAUAUGCCAGCUCCGAGCCUAGAUUUUGGAUCAACUGCCCUUUUUUGCGAAUCAGCAUCAAAGAUAAUCAUAGAAAGCUACUCCCUUACUCUUCUCUAUCUGUUAUGAUCGUAAGAUUGUGCGAUCACCUCAUCGUCUCUUGUUACUCCAGUUCCUUACAGGAUCAGAUGAUAAAGAUCAUUGAAUAGAAGUGCAAGCGUGCACGUAGCAACCUGCUCGUCGACUUCAGUAGUUGCUACUCAGCAUGCUU